GUUCCUGGUGGGCGGUUGCCCUGGGUGGUGGGUGUGAGGGAAGCCUGGCAUAACUGACGGAGCGAAAGGAGAGGAGGGAGGAGGAGGAGGCGGCGGCCGAUGGGGGGAGACCGAAGGGGUGUGGGGCUGGUGGCAGCUGCGGAGAAGCUCGGAGCGCAGGUGAGGGGCGCGGCCGUCGGGGAUGCCGCCCAGAAGGGCUGAGGGGAAGCGGUGCCUGGGCUGGGAGCCGCUGUGCGAAGGCUGCGGAGGUGGGUGGGCUACGAGGGCUUUGGGGUGCCGCGGCGGACGAGAGCGCCCACAAGGGCUGCGUGGCGAAGGGUGGUAGCGGGGGGCUGCCUGCCGCGGGUGCACGAGAGCCAGCUGGGCCCCGCGACCGUGGGUGCCAUGCACCGUGCAUGACGCCGGCGCUAAAAUUUGUGGGUGCCCGGCCCCUUCCUGGGGAAUUUUGUGGGUACUGCUCGGGCACCCAGGGCCCUAGGGAGUCUGGUACCUAUGAUCGGGUGGCUGGAGUAGCCGGAGUGGCACUAGGGCAUGGGCGUGGCUUCGCCGGGCGGCAUGGCGUGACUUCAGCAUCCUGCAAGGACCCGAAUUCAGGGGCGACGCUGUGAGAGUUGGGGGGUUUUGUUUCGUUUGUUUGGCGAUUAUGAUUUUGCACCGUGGUGACUCGGGAGUGUUGAGGCUGCCUGAAAGGCAUUUUGCCGCGGCUUGAAGAGCUGGAGCAGAGACAUAAUAGCGACACACUUCUCUCUUUGUAGCUGCCUUUCUGUUUUAAUUGACUCAUGCCAGGCUCCGGCUGCCCGGUAAGACGACCUGAUGGUUACUGCCAAAUUCUGCUGGUUUCCGAGUGGGUUGGGGUGUCCCUCUUGACAGCUUGAGAAACUGUUACACACGCCUGGUUUGCUGCUGCUGCAGAGCAGCUGGGAUCGCUCUGCUCCAGCAAUCUGUUGUAAUUGUUUCCAGGGAAGCAACAGCCAUCGCGUGGUCCCUCGGAGACUAGGCGAACCUCAUCGCCUCCUCUGUAGCCCUCCAGCCAGCGUUGGUCAAUAACAAGAAAAUUCUUAAGUAUAUCUUGCCUUCCAAACGUGAACAGAUUAAAGUUGUAUUUUCAUAAGGAUGACUUUUUGCUCCAGUUAUUUUGUUGGUUUGAGUGUCUUGGUAAUUUGUGGUAAAAAGAGUAGUGAUUAUUUACAUCUUGACAUUUAAUGCACCUUGAACCUCUUAUAUCUUCUUCUGUCUCCUGGACUUGUAACAGGUUAACUGCACUAUUACAUGACUUCAAGUCUAAGGCUAGCCUCAAAUCUGGGCUCCGAUUGUAGUGAUGCUAGUUUCCCUGCUGUUCUACUACAGCAGCAGUUUGGUAGGUGAGCACUACCAUGUAUUGAUUUGCUAUCAUUCACUGUAGACUUUGAAAAUAAAUUAACCAUUCUUUAUUUCCAGAACUAGGUGCUAGUCCAUUGGGUCUAAUGGGGCACUGCCCCACCAACCUCUAUCUGCCCUCAGCCAGGUCCCACCUGCCUGCCUUCCUACUUACCACCUGUACAGGGCCAUCAGCUUCCUCCUCCCUGGUCUCAGUGUUGCCCCUGUAGUAUUCAGCAGGGAGGAGGAUGGGGACAAAACUAAAAUUAGUUGACUCUAGAUUCCACCUAUCUGCUGCCCCUGCUAGGGUAGGGUGUUUCUAUUUGGAGAGGUCUGGGUUCUAGCGCUGCAGCAUCUCCCUUUUCAUCUAAAAUCAAACGUAAGUUUUACUCAAUGAAAUUAACCGAAAGACCCAAUGAAAUUAAUGAACAUGACUAAGUUGAGUCUAUUAACUUCAAUGUACCAACUCUGAGUAAACCCAAGUUGAAUACCACCCCUAUUUGCUGUCUCCCAAAAGGUAGGCAUUAUCUUAGGUGGUUGCCUUUCUGUCUUCCAGUAAUACAAAUUACACACGUUUCCCGUUUCUCAUUGCUUUCCUCUUUCCCACAGAGCUUCCAGGCAGCUCAUGUCAUUGCCUGCUGUGAGCUCAUUGAUGUAGUGUACAUCCUUCCUUGCUCAAGGGGCUCCUUUCUCUUUCGCUUGCCAGUUGUAUAUUCCAAUUACAAAGAUGCUGAUAUACAGCUGUUUUGUCCAUUGUUCUGAAUGUUGUCUGUGUGGAGUCCUCAGAGUUAUGAUUUGGUUGAAAUUGAUAGGCAACACUUUUGAUUUAAGACUAGCUCUAUACAAUAUGGAAUUCAUUGCCACAGGAUUCUGUAAUGCCCACUAGCUUGCAUGCCUCUAAAGAAAUAAAAAGAAAGAAAGAAAGGUUCUGUCUGUUUGGGUUUACAAUGUAUGAUAGCCAGCAGCACAACCUCCAAUGUUUCAAAAUUUCACGUCUUCCUGAAGGAGGAGGGGUGUGGUUUGGGAAUUCUCAUCGAUCCAGCUCUGUCUCUGGAGGUGCAGGUGUCUGCAGGUCAGUAGUGCCAUUCCUGUACCAGGGUACCUUGACCACAGUUGUCCAUGCAUUGGUAAUGUCACAGCUAGAUUACUGCAAUGCAUUCUAUGUGGGGCUACCCUUGGGGUUGCUUCAGAGGCUGCAGCUGAGGCAUAAUGAGACAGCUAGAUUGCUGGGGCAAACUACCACCUCCAUAUAACUCCCUACUUGUGCAAUUUGCUUUGGAUGCCAGUCUGCUGUUGAACCAAGUUCAAGGUAUUGCUUCUUAUGUACAAGGCCCUAUGUGUCUCAGGACCAGGUUACUUAAGCAACCACCUCAUCCCUUACACACCCAGUACGUUGCUGUGGUCGGUGAAAGGUCUUCUGUAAGUUCCAAAGAUUUCAGAAGCCUGCUGCGCCGUAACUCAGAUAAGGGUUUUUAGGACUUUGAGAUUGUUGUUUAGAUGAAGAUUAAUAAAUCAAGGAUGAUAAUAACAAUGUCAUUUUAUAUAUUUCUUACUUUGUUUCAUAAAAUUUAUUCACCACUUGAUUGCAAAAAAACCAAAACAAAAACCACCCUCAAGGCAGUUUAGAACAACAUGGUAAUUAUUUUAUUAUUCAGCCCCUCCCCUUCCCUUGAUCUGCCCUUGAAAGCUCCUUACAUUUUUCUAAAUGUAACUUGUCUUCCUGGACAGAGCCAAGUGUAGAUGGAUUUGAACAGUAAACUUUCCUUCUGGCUAUCCUUGCUUAGCCUGGCACAAAGGUUUCUGCCCUUGCCAAGCCAUGGAGAGUUCUAGGCGGGUGUUUGGAAUACUAAGCAGGGAAUUCAACAUGUCGGUUCUGCUAGUUGCUUUAGGAUCUGUCAAACAGUAAAUAAAUGGGGGAGAUGACAUACAUCAAAAUACGCACCAUCCAUCCGCAUAUAGUAAACAUGUAGUACAAAGGGGCCUGGGCACUUUGCAGUUCUACUAGUCCCUUGCUGAUAGUAGGAGAUAGCAGCGUUUAAUGCUGAAAACUGCCUGAAUAAGCCUCUGAGAGAGGAAGCACCAGGCUGGGUCCCCAUCUGGGCUCCACACAUGAAUGUUUCAUGGAGGUAGAGCCCUUUGUGCUGGACCUGCAUUUGAGUCUAGUCUGGUGAAAAAAACCCAAGAAGAAAUAGCAACAUGAGCCAUAAGGCUUGAAUUUCCUGUGGAAAGAAUGGAUACGUUUGUCUGGUGGAGGCAGGAAAUUGCUCUGUGUGGCACUGAUGUGGAGAAAUAGGGCAGGAGUCUGCAAAACACAUAUAUGCCAGGUCAGCUCUGGGAGCUGAACUCCUGUGACUUAAGCCUUGUGUGUCUUUCCCUCCUAAGGUAGGAUACCCUAUUUUGGGGCGAACAUGUGUUUGAGAGUUUUGCUCCUGCAUACUGAGUGUGUUGUGUAGUAGUUAGAGUAUCAGACAAGGACUAGGAAUACCUAAAUUCCAAUCUUGGCUCAGCCCAUGAAACUCAUUGGGUGACUUCAGCCCAUUAAUUUCUCUCUCUCUCUCUCUCUCUGUUUAACCUACCUUACAGGAUUGUUGUGAGUAUUCAGAAGGGGGGGGCAGGAGACAUGCUGUCCCAAGUCCCUUGCAGGAAAGGCGGGAUAAAAACUUAAAGAGUUCCUUAUUGGAUUGGGGAUAACAAAAUGGAAUUAUACUACCUUGUAAUAAAUAUGCCAGUACAGUAUAGACUGUUCAGAGUUCAUACUGGUGGCCAAGGAAGGAGAGUCCACAACCUCCCUAGGGAGACCAUUCCACUGUCAAACAGCUCUUACUGUCAGAAGGUUUUUCACAUGCAUGUUGCUCAUACUGCAUGGAUCCAAAACUGGUGGAUUUGGCUUUCCUGUCUCCUCAGCUUGCUGUACUUCUCCCUAGUUUCUGAAGUGCUCUUCCUCCCCAUGGGCAUCUUAUCCUGCUUUCAAACUCCUGCAUCUUCUCUUGCAGCUGUUGUCUUGCCUUCUUGAAAGCUGGCACCAUGACCUUGACCAAGGGCUCCUUCACCUACUCCAGCGGGGAGGAAUAUUGUGGGGAGUGGAAGGAAGGUGAGUGAGGCUGGCCAAGUGCAGAGUGGGGUCCCCUCAUUGAGCCAAGUACAGGGGACGGGGUCUGUUCUUGGCGGACUGCAUAUAACUUCCUCUCUAGGGGCCAAACUGCACAUUACAUUACCUGUGUGGCUGUACCUUUAAGUGCAGGGGCCUUUAUCUGGACUGGGACCACAGCAUGUGGGGAAGGAACUACAGCUCCUUAUAUCCUGUUGUGGUCCCAACCUCCUCUCCCAGGUAGUGGUCUCUGCUCUGGUCCCACAAGUGCUCCAAUCAAGAUAUGGAGAGAACAAGGAACCUCUUCUUGGCCACUGUAUCCCAUUGGCUGGCAGUUAUGUGUGGUGGUGGAUGGCAAAACUUGUUCUUUGGGAACAUGCAUGUGAUACAUCGGAGACUCUGAGAUCCUUCACUGGCUGCACAAUCAAACUUAGCAACCUUGAGGUCCACAAAGCCCUUUAGGAAAGGUAUUGUGUCUGCACUGUGAGUCUCUGUAUGAAUGCAUACUAAGCUCCAGCAUGCCUUGUGGAUGGUAGAAGGAACAAGCAACAGCAGGGGUCUGUUACAUUCUUUCUCUGUAAGACAUAUUAGCCAGCAUGACCUCUACCACUGCCCACAUCCUAUUCCUUUUGUCCCUUUUUUGAAAUUAAAAGUGCCACCAUAGAUUUCAUUGAUUUGUUGCUUAAUGGGCACCAUGGUUCCCUUUUUGACAACUGACAAAAGAGCAAUACUGCUUGUUCUCCCUGCCUAGGGCGCCGGCAUGGUGUUGGGCAGUUGACAUUUGCUGAUGGCAGCAUUUACCUGGGACACUUUGAGAAUGGUCUCUUCAAUGGCUGUGGGGUGCUCACUUUUGCAGAUGGCUCCAGGUGGGUACAGGGCUGGGGGCACACACUGUUCUAGGCUUGCAUUUGGUGCAUGUGCAUGACCUAAGCAGCCCCAAGAAAAUAAGAGUAAAAGAGUGCUCUGUGGAGCAGGCUGCUCUGCUGUGUUGUUGAACUUGGAAGAAUGUCUAUGCCUUGCUAUGCCUAGCAUGAAGACCUUUUUGUAUGUGAGCAUGCCUCUGUGAUUCAGAACCAUAAGCAAGCACUUCUUUGUCUUGGCUGUGACACCAUCCUCAUCCUAGGUUCUCUGUAGUCACUGCGAUUACUACAGACUCAUGUUUAAAGAGCUCCUUAGUGAUGCCUCUUUGGCUCUUUGCCUUCUGUCCAGAAUACUGUGUUCCUCCUGGUGUUUUCAGUUUUUGGCUGUAUGCCAUAGUACGUUAUCCUUACACAAUCCUAUUAUUGACGCAGGUAUGAAGGGGAGUUUGUACAGGGAAAAUUCAACGGCGUUGGAGUCUUCACACGGUAUGACAACAUGACCUUUGAGGGAGAAUUCAAGGGUGGACGUGUUGAUGGUUUUGGUGAGUACUGCAAACUCCUUGUUUAGAGUAGCCAAGCAGCAACACUGAUCUUCUAGGGCUAAAUCUAUUUUGGAAGGACGGCUGCAGUGUGGGAUGGGGAGAAGUGAGAACUGGGCAAACACUAUCCUCCAAAGCACAGUAUAGGCUGACAUAUACCCCAGUGCCUCGUCUUGAUUCACAGCUCUGCAUUCUCAGCUCUCCUGAGCUGAAGUCUUGCAAGUCUGAUCCUCCGCCUUGAGACCUGCUGAAUAAUAAAAUUUUGUUUUCUUCCAAAGGGCUUCUGACUUUUCCUGAUGGCUCUCACGGAAUCCCCCGCAAUGAAGGCUUCUUUGAGAACAACAAACUCUUGCGACGAGAGAAGUGCCAGGCAGUGGUCCAGCGCGCUCAGAGUGCCUCUAAAUUGGCGCAUGGCCUCACAGCAUGAUGGGUGCAAGCUCUAAAGCACCCUACCCCAGGACUCUCCCAUGAAACUGCAGCUCAGCCUGGGGGUUGGCAGGAGUGUGGAGUGCAGGAGUCACAGAGACAGACACCAUCUCUAGGAGGUAGAUGAUCCCAAAUCAGCCCUGAUCAGGUGGGCAGCCUACCUGAGUCACUUCCUUAAAACAGCCUGGCCCCCAUAGUGUAAUCCAGUGCCAAACCUCAACUUAUACAGCCACUGUCCCCUGCCAAACAGAGAGUCUGUCACUCCUGAGGCUGUGGCAUUCCUUUGUCAAGAGCAUUCUCCAUAGGACAGUCUUCUAGUGCCCCAUUUGUGGUGAGAACAGCGGGGGGAGGGGGUGCUCCCACCACCACCUUAAAGGCACAAGGAGUGACUAAUGCUUAGACAUCAUUUUACCUUUUUCUUAGCUUGAGACUAGUGCAGCUGAGAGUUCAUGAGAUUAGAUGGGUUGGUCUUCAGUGUUCAAGGGAGAAGUUGGAACUUGCAUUUAGCACAGCUUCCUGUCGCCCUCCACAGCCCUAAACCUCUGGUUCUCUCUCAUGUCACUUCAAUGGGGUUCUUCGUUCCUUUUAUUUAUUUAUUUAUUUAUUUAUUUUUAAUGCGAAAAUGGAAAAUUUAUAUACUGCAGAAUUCUAGACCUUCUGAAUGUGCCUUUCCCCGAUGUUGUACAUCAGCCCAAAGAAGGAGACCUGAGCUGCAAUGCCUGCCAUCCUUUAGGCCCUAGAGUAUAUCUGGGACACACUGCCACUGCUUUCUGCCACUGCUUUCUGAUGCUUUAUCCACUUGGGCCAUUCUCACUGUGAGUAUUUGGGUUGCCUCUUGGGUGAAAGUCAGCUUUUCUCCCUUAUAUAAGGUCUGUGCUCCUUGACCCGGAGGAAGAGAUCUUCCAGAGCUGUUGCAUGGCAUCCAUGCACCAUAGUGCCAUAGACACAGGGCUGCGUGUAUUCUGCCCUUCAAAAUGACAAUUCUGUACAAAGAAAAGCUGGAUUCUGCAACAUGUAUAAAUUACGCAGAAACAAUUGGCAUAUAAUUAUUUAUUUUGCAUGAUUUCUGCUUUUGCUAGUAAUAGGAAAAGGCAAAAGUGCUUUGGAGAGCACUAAUGCCGUAUCUCUUGAACACUUUUGCACCCCUCUCUUCCAGUUUCUCAGAUUUUAUCAGGCAUUGCCUGAAUGCUUUUAAGCCUAUGUUUUGCUGCCUUAAUGGCUAGAAAUUUGCUUUAAAAUAUACAACCGAGUCUCAUGAUGCUGACUGCUGUGUCCAAUAUUGUUGAAUGCAGUCACAGAGAAAUGACAUACACACAGCCCUGUAGAUACCCAAAAGAAGUGGUGUCCAUCCCCAUUUUGUCCACUAGGUCCAAAGAGGUGGUUGCACUGAGAUCUGGUAAUGCUGUGUAGCUCUUUAGGAGCAUUUUGGUAGGGGAAGUAAGUGAGCACUGGAGCCUUCAAAAACUAGAGAGUGCGCAGGGCAUCCCUAAUACAUUUGCAUGCUAAGCUGGGGCAAUGACAUGGAAGAAAAGAAACAGCUCCUGGGAGGGUCCUCGCAGGCUGAAUGGAAAUAUAGGGCUGGGCUAGCAGAAGGGGAAAGCUAGCUGUGGGAUAUCAGCCUGUGAAAUUAUGGGCUGGGGGGUUGAGUUGGGACUGAGUGGCCUUUGAAGAGCGACUUAGUUUCUACCCAGCCACUUUGUGUUUCUGUGCACUGAAAGUAAACAUGGGAUUGUUUUGAGAUUGGGGGGUGUUCUUAGCCAAGCAUUGACCUGCAUGGUGUGUGUCCCUAAGUGCCAUGCUGGAGCCUCUUGUUACCAGCCCACCUCCACACUGAAUGUCUGCGUGUCAAUGCCACCCUCGUGCCUUUUGUGUCUCUGCCCAUGUAAGGGCCUUGGCCAAAUAAAGAGUUGCUGAAUCUCUGCCUCCAUGUCUUUUUUCCCCUAUUGGAAGGAUGUAACGUAUCAGCAAGGAUGGGCUGUGUGCAUGCUGUAAUAGCCUUUCUAAUCAUCUUUAUGUGGGGAAUACAGCAGCAGGCACACUCAGCUCUGUAUGCUGCUUUUGUUUUGUGCAGACAAUCCAUGCUUCCCUCCUUUGGUUCAGUGCACAGCUCUGGCCUGAAAUUGUGCUGGUUUCAUCAUCUAUUCAGUCACUCUAUUUCCCCUUUGCAAGCAGAGUGUACCAUUACUGAGAUAGUAGACGGGGCAAAGCAUUUUUACCUGGAAAACAUACUUUUCUAAAGAUUAAUUCCACCCCAUGCUAUCUUUGUCACUGAGGGCAAGAGACUCAGCCCCAGGAAGCAGUAUCUUGCAAAUAAAGCAUCUUCCCUGUUAAAAGGUGCUUCCUAGUUGGUGAGCUAACACCAGUCAGUACCAUGAAUCUAUGGAUCAAACAAAUAUGGCUCCACCCUCUUUCAUUCUUACACACCUUGUGAAUUUGCAGCUGGUCAACAUCUACUGACUUAUGGAAGUAGGCCAUGUAGUCAUGCAGCAAACUCCUUUGACAUCACCUUGGAAGAUUGUACUGAUGGGGAAUAGGCAGACGAGGCACCUAUUUCCUUCCAGAAAUUGUUGGACUGCAACUCUGUCUAUUGGCAGGCCAUGGCAGUUUUAAUUUUGCUGGCUCCAGCUGUUAUCCAGACCCCCUCUUGGAAAAGCAAAGGACAUGGGGUCUUUUUUCUUUCUCGUCAGCUGGGGAGCAGGGGGAAGGAAGUCAACCUGAAAGGAUAGUGCCUCGGGCACUCAAAUGUUAAAUGGGCCUCAAAUGGACAAUUUGAUACAAUAGAUAAGUACCCCAGCUAAGGACAAAUUUGGCGAUUCCAAGCAGAAAGGGUUAGAACCUCUAUGAGAAAAGGAAUUCAGAGCUACUGCCAUGAAAAGUGCUUACUUGCCCAUUUGAAAACCUUUCUGGCAUCUUCAUUAUGCUGUUUCACUUGUGAUAAUACUUUGGUUUUCAAACAUGCCAAUGAACAGUAUAAGUUGAAUAAGCUGUAUUUUAGUAUGCUGCAGGAUAUGAAAUUUGAGGCUUAACUGGCAAUAUGCCUGCUGCCCAUUUCAAGGUUCCGACCAUUGCCUGGAACAGCUUCAUCUUUCAGAGCCAUCCGUUGGAGCUGAAAUCCUGGCGCAGCUCCCUCACUUGUGCCUCACUUAGCGGGAGCAAGGGAGAGCGACAGAAGCCCCCAUUUAAACCAAACCAUUCCAUGGCCUGUUUCAGGCCUGGGACUCCAAACUUGCUUGUUACCUGUGGAAAGAGAAACAGUGUGGGGCACUCAGAACUGCUCUGUGGCCAACAGUGUGGCAGAGGUGUACGUGAACCCCCUUUUCCUACAAGCAUCACUCAGCUCUAAGCCUGCAGAAACUGAAGAAUUGCACCAUCAAGGACUUGUCUGUGGUCACAGAAUGUCCAGAACAUUAGACAUGGGCAAGUGUUAUGACCCAGGAAUUCCUGUUUGACACUUAAUCAAUUCAGGCAAGGAGGUACUGGUGCAGAUCAUACUAAGCGUGAACGUUUGAAGUCAACAGUGUAUGUGCAUUUGAAGAAGUGGUUGGUUAAUUCUUAGACUACAUGAGGUCUAAUAAAGUACUACUAGUACAAGGAUAUACGGUAAGCUUACAACUUGCGCUCACUUUACUUAUGCGAUUGCAAUCUUACACAGGUGGGGGGAAUAAGUUAAUACAUGGAGAACUGGGGAAACUGUUCUCUGCUCUUCAUUUAUUUAUUUAUUUAUUUUCCCCACCUGUACACCCAGCAGGUUUUCUUUGCUUAUCAAGCUUUGGGAGGGAGGUGCAAGGGCUCCAGAGGAUUAGUACUAGAAUUACAAGCCCCAGAUACGUUUCUGAAAUUAUUAAAUGGAGCCGAAAAGAAACUGCCAAAAAAUAAAAUAAAAAUUCACAGUUGCAUAUCAUGCUUUUGCAAAAUCCAGAAGAUUGUAGUGUGAAUAAGUCACAGGUUUUGCCAAGAAAAAUCCAAAGCAUGGCUGACGUUCCCAAAAUUGUCACAGAAAUAAAAAUGGAAUGCUGAGAUGGCUCAGAACACUGACGCUCACGCAGAAUAGGAUAGGGCAAAGUGGGAGAAAUGUAAGACUAAAGGGCAAGCAAUAAAACACAAUUGCUUGGUCAUACGGCUGAUCAAGUUUGCAAAGGAUGGGGAAGGAUAGGACUUGACCCACAGCCUGUGUUCCAGACCAUGAGCAACAACUGUAUGUUGUUCUGUUGGGAGCUCCACCAAAGCAUUACCUCUUUUCCAGUUGGGCCUUUUCCUCCCCAUACAUUCCCAAGGAAGUGGGGUGUUUCCACUUCUUACGUCCCACUUUCCUCCCGUUUUCUGCCUCUUACCGCAAUGUUAGGCUCAAUGAGUCGGUGCUGCAGUGCACGGGCCUCAUCCCAGCUUCCAGCACAGCACAGUUGCUCAAGCUGACAGACUGGAGAGCCAAGCACGUUGGCAAGGGCACAAAUCCCUCCAGCAGCACCUGGAGCAAGGAGCAUAGUUCCAUCAAAAAAAGAAUAGAGCACCUAGGCAGUGAAACAGGCAUUUUUGCAUGAUACACCACUCCCCCAGCAUGCUUUCGCUCUCUGCUCAUGUCAAACUAGCAAAGCCUGGACCAAAUGUUGGGCUUCCUAUAGCAGCUUCCAA